GUUUCUGUGACAGAGAAUGGCUGACUUACUCAAACAAAUUCUAACGCAAUCACUGUGGGUCUUCUAAGUUUAUGAGAAGUUAAGCAAAGCUACGCACAAGCUUGAACAGACAUUUACUUUUGGACUCCUCUGUAAGACAGCGCUGGAGGGGAAAGCAUAAGGAAAACAGAAACAGAAGGAAGGGAGGAAGAUAAGUGUCAAUCUGUUCAAACUUGUUUGGGAAUUUGAGACAGGACGGAGGAGGGGAAAAGAGAGAGAGAAACCGAGAGAAAGACUGAAAGGAACACUGAGAAUUUUUUUUCUCAAAUUUUAACAGUGUUGACAACAAUUUUUGCAUUAAAUAAGACAGAAAGGCUGGAUAAUUUAAUCAGUGUUUUCAGUAGCGCAUUUAUCUCACUCAACUUUGGUUCUCUCAAAGGGCAAACACUGAUAUGUGGAAUGUCUAUGGAUUGUGCAACUCUUAGCUUUACUUUGUCUAAAAAGUAAAGAAAAAGAGGUAAAGAGACAGAGAAGUGUCCCCCAAGACCCUUCUCAGGUUCUCCGUGUUGCCAUGGAAAUCAGUCAAAAUAACUGGGUCCCUCAAGACACUGUGCAAAUGCAGACCUCCUAAGGUGCAAAAGGCUGUGUCAAAUUCAGUGCAAAUUAAAACAACAAAUUAUGGACAGAGAAAGAGCAAUGAUGCAAGAUUCAUGUGAUGGGACUAGGGAGAGGGACAGACUCCCUGCAAUUAGAAGAAGAGAAAUUGACUGGAGAGAAAGAGAGAGACGGAGAGAUGGAGAUCAAUAUGCAAAUGGAAAGUCAUCAUUGUUUGAGCACACUGUACAUGGGGAACGAGACAAAGAAAGUAAAAAAGGGGACACUUUUCCGAGGAUGACAAAAGCAAACAGAGAAAGAGACAGAAGAAUUCCACUUUCAGAGAAUGAGAGGGAACGUCGCAUGGAAAGAUCUAAGGACACAACAUAUGAGGAUGAAAGAGAGAGGGAAAGAAGAAUCAGAGAUAUGGACACACAGAAUGAAAGAGAAAGAGCAUUAAACAGGGUGGAGUGGAGGAUAAAUGACACAAGAAGGCGCAUGAAGGAGCAUUCAGAUAGACUGAGAGAACAGGAGCUUGACUUAGGAAUGAGAGAGAGAAGGAGAGAAGGUCAAACAGGGGCCAAUGACCUUACAGGAAUGAGGGAAAAAGAGACUGACAGAGAGAGAGAGAGAUAUAGACAAAGAGACAGAGAGGCCAGGUAUUAUCCACGACCCACAGAAAGAGAAACAGGGAGUUUUUCAGACAAGGAAUGGAGGACUGAGAGACAGAAAGAGGCAGAAAGAUCUAGGAAAAGAGAUACAAAAAGUGAAGGGGACAGUGAUGAAGAUAGAGGUAAGGAAAUGAAUAGUGAAGCGAUUACUAAACCUGGACACAAACUCUACAAGAGUGAAGGAGAUAGUGAAGCAGACCGAAGGGUAGACAGAGUUAGAGACAGAUGUAGAGACCAAGAAACACAGAGACAUAAAGCAAUGCUAAGACCUAGAGAAAAAGACUACAGGGAGAAAGGCUACUGUGAUAAAAAAGAGAUGAGAAAAGAUAAAAGGCCUGACAGAGAUGCAUACUCAAACACACCUGAGAGAGGAAGGUACAGAAAUGAAAAAAAGGUUGAAGAGAGGGAGAGGUGGAGAAGAGGGAACAGAGAGCCAGAUAGAAGCAAGAUGGAGAAAAGUGGACAAACUACUGGAGAGAUGAUUUCAGGAGUUGAAAUUGAGAAAGAACAAAAGAGGUCAGUAGGGGAGAACCUUGAGGACAGAAAUAGAAAAAACACUUUUGAGAGUGAAAAGGAGAAGUUGAAAGGAAUAACAGAUGGAGAGCAGGAAGUACUGAUAGCACCAAGGGAAGAAGAGGGUGGACAAUUUGUUGUUGAGGAAACAGUUACAAUAAAAAUUAAGGGCAGAAUAAUGAAAAUGUGGCUGGAACCCAGAAGUGAGAAAAACACAACUCUUUUAGAAGAGGAGUACAGAGACAGAGAGAGAGCAAGGGAGAGGUACAACCAAAGAUACAAGGAAAGUAUGAAGUAUGAAGAAGAUCCUGCAAGAAAUAAUGAAAGCAAGAGAAAGAGUACUGAGGACAAGUAUAGGACUGGGGAAUUCACGAGAGAUGUAGAAAGGAAUGAAAAAACAGAUAAACAAGAGGACAUGGUUCAUGACAAAGAAGCUGUGGAACCAGAAUGGCAGACAGAAAGAGAAAUUGGGGUUAAAAACAUGGAAGUGGAUGAAAGAGGGGAAGAGAGCAGGAUUGAACAACACGUCUACUCAGGAAUUGAGGAAGGAAGUGAGGGAGAAUCGGAAGCAGAGAAAGACAGAAUAAUAUCAACAGAUGAUGGAUUUGUGACAGUCUCUAGUGGAGGAGAUGAUGCAGAGGAGGAGGACUUUGAAGAUUGUAAGGAUUUCUGGAAUGGUGAAGUUCCCACUGAUAUCUAUGGAUGCUCAGAAGCUACACAGGGUGGAGAGAGAGAACCCCUGAGGGUUUUUUGUGUGAUUGGUCAAACCCCUAUUGAGUCACAAACCAAACAGAAUGCAUAUAUAGAUACUGCUUCUGAGGAAGCCACCGAUCAGCAUUCAGAUCAAAACAUGGACAUCCAAGGUGUUAUGAUCAUUGAGGAUGCAAAUGAAGCAUUUGAAAAGAUUAAACACAACAAAUCUGACAUAGAAAGAGCAAUGGAUGACCUCACUCUUUCUCCUAAUGAAGAAAACGUUGAGAAAACAGGAGAUAAUAACCAGGGAACAGAUGACAUAACAUCACAGGAAGGUCAUAUGAUUCCUUCCAAAGAGGGAGCAGAAGAAGAGUUUGCGGAGCCUUCUGAAACUUUAGACCCCUGCAAUGAUAACGGACAUGAGACUACAGUGGCUCAUAGUGAAGAUGCAUUACACAGAAGAGAAAUGGAAGCUACUGGAAACACAGAGGAGCAUUUUGAUUCAGAUGACACAUGGAGCACAUGUGAAGAACGAAAGCGAUGUUCUACUGCUCCUCACCUUACAUGGGCGAAGAAUGUUGUGAAAGAGAUCCUGGGUCCGAAUUCAGAAGACACAGAACAUAUGAAAGGUAGUGUGACACACAUAGAUAUACAAAUAAACACACAAACAGAAACUGACAGAGAAAUUAACAUAUCGAGCGAACAGGAAGAACUAAUACAGAUAGAAGAGAAGCAACAAGAAGAGAUUGAAAAAGAGUCAGAUGAGAAAGCUAUCUUGUUGGAUCCAAGGUGCAUUGAGCAGACAGUUUCCUCAAAAAGAGAGGCAGAUAAGACAGUAGAAGGACACGUUUCUAAGAGGAAAGAUAGCAUAGAGAAUGUCAUUUUAGGUUCUAGUAGCUUUCGAGAAUUGGGGAAUGAGGCCCGCAAAAGGAGGAAGGGUAUCCGAAAAACAACAGAGGGAACCAAAGAAGAGGAAGAGGAUGAGGAUGAGGAAGAGGGAGGAGUUGGAAGGGACCGCAGGACCAGAAUAUUCAACAAUUCAGAUGCUGAGGAGGAUAAUUUAUGUUUGACCUGGAGUGAAGGGGAUCUAAGGAAACUUGGGAGGACAAAAAAGAGGAAUUCUAAAUACUUUAACUCUCAGCUGUAUCAGGAGUACAGUGAGGUCGUCCAGAACAGAGAAAUUCUGCUGACUAAUUAUGAUACUACAUCGCUAAGUGGAGAAAAUCUCACCGUUCGUUCAUCUUCCACUCUAAAUCAUUCGCCAAAACUAUCUCACAGGCCUCUCCCAGCACUCCCUCAAGUCCACCUGCAUCCCCACACACUGUCCUUGAAUAAUUCCCUUAAAAGUCUUAAUUUACCUCAGCAAUCCAUAAACAGACCCCCUUCUCCUCGUCUGUCCAUCUCUGCUUCCUCACCCACACUGUGGCGGGAUCUCCCUGGAGUCAGAAACAGCCCAGAGAUUGUAGAACUUACUGAAGAUGAGAGACGUCUGCAGGAGGUGAGGUUUGAGGUUGUGACAUCAGAGGCAUCAUACUGCCGCAGUUUGGACAUCGUAGUGGAGAACUUUGUCAUGUCUAAACAGCUCAAUGCUAUCCUGUCAUCACAAGACAAAAAUUGGCUGUUCUCCAGGCUAAAUGAUGUUAGAGCCAUCAGUCACAGUUUUAUGUCUCACCUUGAAGAAAACGUGGAGAGAGAUAUGUUGCACUUUACAGUCUGUGACAUCAUUAUCAAAUACUGUCCACGAUUCCGAAAUGUAUAUGUGCCGUAUCUUACCAACCAAUCAUAUCAGGACAAGACAUAUCAAAGAUUAAUGGAUGAGAGUCAUGAAUUCCGCAGAGUUGUGGAAAAGUUAGAGCGUAAUCCAGUCUGCCAGCGGUUGCCUUUACGGUCUUUCCUCAUUCUUCCGUUCCAACGAAUUACACGCCUCAAACUAUUAGUGCAGAAUAUUGUAAAGAGGACUGCUCCAAAGACCAAAGAUGAAAUGCAGGCCAUUAAGGCCAUGAAACUACUUGAGAAGAUGAUCCUGGAUAGUAAUGAAAGUAUCUCUCAAAUGAAAAACAUUGAGUCACUUGUAACUCUUAAUGCCAAAGUUGACUUUGAGUGCAGGACUCUUCCAUUGAUAAGUCAGUCCCGCAGAUUGGUACGAGAGGGGCCUGUGACUGAACUGAGAGACUUUUCCUUGAAAGACAGAGAAGAAGAGAGAAGUGUUUAUAUGCACCUUUUCAAUGACUACCUCUUGCUCUCUUUGCGGAAAGAAGGGGGUAGGUUUACAGUUAUAGACCAUGCUCCUGUAUCAGAGCUGCGGGCUGAGAACUGCAGGUUCAAACUACUUUCCUUACAGAAAAACCUGUUCCGUCUGCACAUGCCACAAAAAGCCUUGCUUUUGCGAACAGAUACCCAAGCUGAUAAUCUGCGGUGGAUAUCAGCACUCUCACGUCCCUAUCCUGAGAUUGACUUCAGUGCAGUUCAGGAAACUUCACAAAUGCAAUGCAUCAGAGCAUAUGUUGCCCAGCAGCCAGAUGAACUCAGCUUGGAAAAAAGCUGAUGUCCUAGUAGUUCACCAGCAAAGUAGUGAUGGCUGGGUGGAAGGUACUCGUCUGUCAGACAGGCAGCGUGGCUGGGCCCCUGAGCCUCACCUGGAGACAAUAACCAGCGACAAAGCAAGGAAGCGCAACCUACUGGAUACCAUGAAAAUUGCUACAGCUGCAAUGUGAAGCAACAGGCUUCAAGGUUUUCAGGUAGACAUAAUCAGGUCUAUGUAAAAUAUCCCUUCAAGAGCUUUAUGUUUCAACGUCAAGGGAAGUUUCUAUUUAUUUGUUUACAUGCUGUUAAGGGUGAUGUGGGUGAUUUGGCAUUCACACAUGUAAAGAUAUAGAGUACUCCAAAACUUGGAAAAUGGUCUGCAAGGAAGUUGAAUUACACAUAAACUUUCACCAGAGCAAACAGAUGCAGCUGUUGUUCAUCUUAAGGUUUCUUAAGUUAUUAAGUAACCAUAUACAGACCUGCUACAAACAAGAACUGCAUCUAUGCAUAGUGCUUUUGAAAAAUCAAGUGAAGACUCUUAUCAUUUGGAAAUGGGGAGUCACUCCUGGAUAUGGUUGGACCUCAGUCUAUUCUCAUCAUGAUCAUGUACUUUAAUUGAUGAGCUUUGAUGACUGGAUAUAGGAAUGCUGAAUGCACACUUGAAUCAGAACUACAUGAUCUUUGUUAUUAAUUAACUUAAAUCCCCAAGUGCAAUAUAAAUUCUGUUGGAUUGCAGCCUAAUGAAAAUAUAUAGUUUAAAAAGUUUUAUCCAACAAAAUUCAAAAAGCACAAGUAAAUAUAGACUGUAAAAAACUUUAAUAAACUGCAAAUAUUAUGCAGGAUUAUGCAUUAUGGAUGUUUUUUUAAACUGCAAAAGCAGGUAUAACACUGAAAGUCACCAACAAUGUACAUAAUAUAGGAGUUUAACUUCAAUGUUUUCAUGGAAUCAACUUUCUGUUCAAACUGGAAUCAAAUGCUUUACUGUUAUAUAAAGAAUCAUUUAACAUUUCAUUAAUGUUUUUCCCAAUAUGACAGAAAGAUUAUAAACUUCUUGUCUAGAUGUAAAUAAAAAUAAAUACAGUGAGAAA